ACUUUCUUCUCUAAAAUGUCCGGACGCGGGAAGCAGGGCGGCAAGGCGCGCGCCAAGGCCAAGACGCGCUCGUCGCGGGCGGGUCUGCAGUUCCCGGUGGGCCGCGUGCACCGCCUGCUCCGCAAGGGCAACUACUCGGAGCGCGUCGGGGCCGGCGCGCCCGUGUACCUGGCGGCCGUGCUCGAGUACCUGACGGCCGAGAUCCUGGAGCUGGCGGGCAACGCGGCGCGCGACAACAAGAAGACGCGCAUCAUCCCGCGCCACCUGCAGCUGGCCAUCCGCAACGACGAGGAGCUCAACAAGCUGCUGGGCCGCGUCACCAUCGCGCAGGGCGGCGUGCUGCCCAACAUCCAGGCCGUGCUGCUGCCCAAGAAGACCGAGAGCCACCACAAGACCAAAUAAGGAGCAAGGUUAGGGACAUUGAAAACCAAAGGCUCUUUUCAGAGCCACCAAAUGUGAACCGAAAUGGCUAAUAUGCAGCUAUUUCCGGCCAAGCUGCCAGUGCGCGCUAAAAAAGGACCCGUCGCUUUCAGUGAAAGCCAAUCAGACUCAGGCGGUAAAUUUUGAAAAACCUCGGGGACUGCGAACGUGCUAUAUGCAGAGAGA